AUGUCUAUUACAUUAAUAAGUGGAGUUAUAUUAGGUUUUAACUUUGCUGCUGCCAUUGUUUUCAGAAUCGUAAUUUUAUGGGAAGAAACUAAAAGGAUAAAAGGUGCAACCUGUUGUGAUGACAAUGGCUAUUGUGAAGGAGAUUUGCCUAUUUGUUGUAGUUCUACAUGUAUGCCUUCUCAA